AUGAUUGCCCCCUACAAAACAUUUAUUCUAGCUUUGGCUUCAGCUUCUCUCUCUCUAGCUUCCUCCUCAGCUGUAUUAGAUCUAAUCCCUAAAAAUUUCGACGAAGUCAUUUUUUCCGGAAAACCAGCUCUAGUAGAGUUCUUCGCGCCAUGGUGUGGUCAUUGCAAAGCCCUUGCACCAGUCUGGGAAGAACUCGCUCAAGACUUUGCCUUCGCCAAGGAAAGUAUCAUUGUCGCUAAAGUUGAUGCUGAUGCCGAAAAAAGCCUAGGGAAACGGUUCAAAAUCCAGGGAUUUCCAUCCAUCAGGUUCUUUGAUGGUAAAACUGAGAACCCAGAGGAAUAUACAGGAAACAGGGAUUUGGAAAGUUUGACCGAGUAUAUCACGAAAAAGACCGGAAUCCGUGCAAAGAAACCAAAAACAGCUCCCAGCGAGAUUGUAAUUCUUGAUGAUAGCUCAUUUAAAUCCCAGACGGGUGGAGAAAAGCAUGUCAUUGUUGCAUUCACAGCUUCCUGGUGUGGACAUUGCAAGAAUCUUGCACCAAUUUGGGAGAAAUUGGCUCAGGACUUCUCACAGGAGCAUGAUGUAAUUGUCGCUAAGGUUGACGCCGAAGGAGAAGGUUCUAAAAUUACAGCAAAGGAUCAAGGAGUUUCUUCUUAUCCAACUAUAAAGUUCUUCCAAAAGGGCACAACCGAGCCAGAGUUGUACUCGGGUGCCCGUACUGAAGCCGAAAUAUUAACUUUCCUUAACAAGAAAGCUGGAACCCACCGGCUACCAGGAGGUGGCCUUGAUUCCACUGCUGGCAUAAUCAAAAGCCUCGAUUCAUUCGUGUCCGAAUUCAUAGAUGGCUCUGACAUUUCGGAGAUUGCCGAUAAAGUUUCCAAAGCUGCUCAAGAUAUCGAAACCAAUUCUGAGAACCGAUUCGCAGAAUACUACGUCAAGGUCUUCCAGAAGCUGGAAAAAGAUGGCGAGUAUGUCGUUAGGGAGCUCGACAGAUUAAACAAAAUUAUAAUGAAAGGCGGGGUGACCACUCAGAAGCUUGACGAGUUUACGAGCAAGAUAAAUAUUCUAAAAAGAUUUACUGAAAAGGCUGGCGAUAAAAGCGAACUGUAA